AUGGAAAGCCCACUGCUAAAAAGAAAAACAGGAAAGAACUUCACUCGCCAAGAAGAGGAUGCAUUAGUGGAGUUGGUGGAUGAACAACGACAUGUUCUGGAGAAUAAAAGAUCCGAUGCUGUCACAUGGAAACAGAAAGAGGAGGGUCCUUUCCCCAUAUUCGGAGUUGGAUCGUGUCCAGUAAUUGUUUUGAAGCGCUGCCGAAGGUCUUCCGACUGCACUGAUGAACACACCUGUGAUACAGCGGCACUUGCAAAACUCUUUAUACUGGCGAUACAGUGGUACUGGCAAAACUUUGAUACUAGUACUCCGGAAAGGGAAAAAUUCAUUGUCCACACUGAGGAUAUAACUGAUGCCGACGAGCUCAACCAGGAAAAUGUGAAGAACGUUGAUCACGAAGAAGAACAGUGGUCUUCUUGGACACCUAACGCACUGAGAAGUAAAAAAACGUCCAAACUUUUGAUUGACUGUCCUGGCACCCGCAAGAGAAAUUUGGAGGAAGAAAAAAUUAAGUUGACAGUUUUACAACAACAAUUUUAUGCAGAUGAAAAUACCCGGGCUCAGGAAAAACAUGAGCAAGAAUUAAUUGCGCUUAAAUUGGAAAAUGAGCUAAUGCAAUUAGAAAUCUUAAAAAAAAAACCAAAUUAGAUUCAAAUAAGAAUGCACCUUAAGCAGUUGCGGUACUCUUGUUUAUUUUUAAUA